AUGGCCUGGGAAGACCCUGGAGAAACUUUAAUGGACACCAGGACGGCUACUGCAGAGCUGGGCUGGACCGCCAAUCCCGCAUCAGGGUGGGAAGAAGUCAGUGGCUAUGAUGAAAACCUGAACACCAUCCGAACCUACCAGGUGUGCAAUGUCUUCGAGCCCAACCAGAACAACUGGCUGCUCACCACCUUCAUCAACCGGCGGGGGGCCCAUCGCAUCUACACGGAGAUGCGCUUCACUGUGAGGGACUGCAGCAGCCUCCCCAACGUUCCAGGCUCCUGCAAGGAGACCUUCAACUUGUACUACUACGAGACUGACUCUGUCAUUGCCACCAAGAAGUCGGCCUUCUGGUCCGAAGCCCCUUACCUCAAAGUGGACACCAUUGCUGCAGAUGAGAGCUUCUCCCAGGUGGACUUUGGGGGAAGGUUGAUGAAGGUCAACACAGAAGUCAGGAGCUUUGGGCCUCUUACGCGGAAUGGUUUUUAUCUUGCUUUCCAGGAUUAUGGAGCCUGUAUGUCUCUCCUUUCUGUCCGUGUCUUCUUCAAAAAGUGUCCUAGCAUUGUGCAAAAUUUUGCAGUGUUCCCAGAGACCAUGACUGGGGCGGAAAGCACAUCUUUGGUGAUUGCUCGGGGCAUAUGCAUCCCCAAUGCAGAGGAAGUGGACGUGCCCAUCAAACUCUACUGCAACGGGGACGGGGAGUGGAUGGUGCCCAUCGGGCGCUGCACCUGUAAGCCUGGCUAUGAGCCUGAGAACAGCGUGGCCUGCAAGGCCUGCCCUGCUGGGAUGUUCAAGGCCAACCAGGAAGCUGAGGGCUGCUCCCACUGUCCCUCCAACAGCAGAUCCCCUUCAGAGGCAUCUCCCAUCUGCACCUGCCGGACUGGCUAUUACCGGGCUGAUUUUGACCCCCCAGAAGUGGCAUGCACUAGUGUGCCAUCAGGUCCCCGCAAUGUCAUAUCCAUCGUCAAUGAGACAUCCAUCAUUUUGGAGUGGCACCCUCCUCGGGAGACGGGUGGGCGGGAUGAUGUCACCUACAACAUCAUCUGUAAGAAGUGCCGGGCAGACCGCCGGAGCUGCUCCCGCUGCGAUGACAACGUAGAGUUCGUGCCCAGGCAGCUGGGCCUGACUGAGUGCCGUGUCUCCAUCAGCAGCCUGUGGGCCCACACCCCCUACACCUUUGACAUCCAGGCCGUCAAUGGGGUCUCCAGCAAAAGUCCCUUCCCCCCACAGCACGUCUCCGUCAACAUCACCACAAACCAAGCUGCCCCUUCCACUGUCCCCAUCAUGCACCAGGUCAGUGCCACCAUGAGGAGCAUCACCUUGUCAUGGCCGCAGCCGGAGCAGCCCAAUGGCAUCAUCCUGGACUAUGAGAUCCGGUACUAUGAGAAGGAACACAACGAGUUCAACUCCUCCAUGGCUAGGAGCCAGACCAACACUGCACGGAUCGAUGGCCUGCGGCCCGGCAUGGUGUACGUGGUCCAGGUGCGCGCCCGCACCGUGGCCGGCUAUGGCAAGUUCAGCGGCAAGAUGUGCUUCCAGACUCUGACGGAUGACGAUUACAAGUCUGAGCUGCGUGAGCAGCUGCCCCUGAUCGCUGGCUCGGCAGCAGCUGGGGUCGUGUUCGUCGUGUCCUUGGUGGCCAUCUCCAUCGUCUGCAGCAGGAAACGGGCUUACAGCAAAGAAGCUGUGUACAGUGAUAAGCUCCAGCAUUACAGCACAGGCCGAGGCUCCCCAGGGAUGAAGAUCUACAUUGACCCCUUCACUUAUGAGGACCCCAACGAAGCUGUCCGGGAGUUUGCCAAGGAGAUUGAUGUCUCUUUUGUGAAAAUCGAAGAGGUCAUCGGAGCAGGAGAGUUUGGAGAGGUGUACAAGGGGCGUUUGAAACUUCCAGGCAAGAGGGAAAUCAAUGUGGCCAUCAAGACACUGAAGGCUGGGUACUCGGAGAAGCAGCGACGGGACUUUCUGAGCGAGGCGAGCAUCAUGGGCCAGUUCGACCAUCCCAACAUCAUUCGCCUGGAGGGCGUGGUCACCAAGAGUCGGCCGGUCAUGAUCAUCACGGAGUUCAUGGAGAAUGGCGCUUUGGAUUCUUUCCUCAGGCAAAAUGAUGGACAGUUCACCGUGAUCCAGCUGGUAGGGAUGCUGAGGGGCAUUGCCGCCGGCAUGAAGUACCUGGCCGAGAUGAACUACGUGCACCGGGAUCUGGCUGCGAGGAACAUUCUGGUCAACAGUAACCUGGUGUGCAAGGUGUCUGACUUUGGCCUUUCCCGCUACCUCCAGGACGACACCUCAGACCCCACCUACACCAGCUCCUUGGGAGGCAAGAUCCCCGUGAGAUGGACAGCUCCAGAGGCCAUCGCCUACCGCAAGUUCACGUCUGCCAGCGACGUCUGGAGCUACGGGAUUGUCAUGUGGGAAGUCAUGUCGUUUGGAGAGAGACCCUAUUGGGAUAUGUCCAACCAAGAUGUCAUCAAUGCCAUUGAGCAGGACUACAGGCUGCCCCCACCCAUGGACUGCCCAGCUGCUCUACACCAGCUCAUGCUGGACUGCUGGCAAAAAGACCGCAACAGCCGGCCCCGAUUUGCAGAGAUUGUCAACACCCUGGACAAGAUGAUCCGGAACCCAGCAAGUCUCAAGACUGUGGCAACCAUCACCGCCGUGCCUUCCCAGCCCCUGCUCGACCGUUCCAUCCCAGACUUCACUGCCUUUACCACCGUGGAUGACUGGCUCAGUGCCAUCAAAAUGGUCCAGUACAGGGACAGCUUCCUCACCGCCGGCUUCACCUCCCUCCAGCUGGUCACCCAGAUGACGUCGGAAGACCUCCUGAGAAUAGGCGUCACCUUGGCAGGUCAUCAGAAGAAGAUCCUGAACAGCAUCCUGUCUAUGAGGGUCCAGAUGAGUCAAUCACCAACGGCAAUGGCAUGA